AUGAGAACCAUUUCGCUGGACUCCAACAGGAUGUUUCCGUCGUUCCAUGUUUUCUGCCUCAUGCUAGCGAUGACGAUCCUUUCUGCAAAAGUGUCCGCUGCGAUCGAUGCGGAAACCAUCAGAAAAGCCAAAAACGGCGAAUGGUUCUCUCUUCCAUAUGAUGAAGAUGACAGAUUUCUCAAGAUCGUGACUGUUUCAACAAUUGGUUCUGGCGAUGGCAGUUACGAGAACGCUCAAGAAUACUGUCGGAGAGAAGGUUCUUACCUGAUGACCAUUCAUUCCCAAGCGGACAUGGACAAAAUAACAGAGGUCGCAAGGAACCUGCCAAUGUAUGAUUACGUCCACUUGCUGAUGAAUUGUUUAUAUACACCGGAUUGGCAGCUGAAAUAA